UUUGUCGGGACCUGGGAGAGAAAAUUAUCCCGCAGGGGCACCGAAGCGGAAUAAACAAGAAAAAGAAGAAACUAAAAAGAAAAGAAGUUACAAACUAUGGAAAUGUACGAGGCUUUGGUUUAGUCUUCUAUUAUGCAGGCGGGGGUGCUUUCAUCGUGAAUUCCUACGAGGAGGUUUUUGUGCGGUACUGUACCCUUCUUCUCUCCCCAUCAUGUUGAGUUUCUUGCGCAGGACGCUGGGGCGACGCUCCAUCCGGAAACAUGCAGAGAAAACCCGGCUACGAGAAGCCCAGCGGGCCACAACGCAUAUCCCUGCUGCUGGAGAUGCAACGUCUAUCAUCACCUGCCGUGUAUCCCUGCUGGAUGGGACAGAUGUCAGUGUUGACUUGCCGAAAAAAGCCAAAGGUGAGGAGCUGUUUGAACAGAUCAUGUACCAUCUGGACAUUGUUGAGAAAGAUUACUUUGGAUUACGCUUCAUGGACUCGGCACAAGUUCCACAUUGGCUUGACGUUACAAAAAGUAUCAAGAAACAAGUGAAAAUUGGCCCACCUUACUGCCUUCACAUGAGAGUUAAGUUCUACUCCUCAGAACCGAACAACCUGCACGAGGAACUCACCAGAUACCUUUUUGUGUUACAGUUAAAACAAGACGUCCUCAGUGGCAAGCUUGAAUGUCCGUUUGACACGGCGGUGGAGUUGGCUGCCUUCUCACUACAGGCUGAGUUGGGUGAUUGUGACCCAUUAGAACAUACUUUGGACCUAGUGUCAGAAUUUCGCUUCAUCCCUGACCAGACAGAAGAGAUGGAGCUGGCUAUAUAUAACAUGUGGAAAGAGUGCAGAGGUCAGACGCCAGCCCAAGCUGAGAUCAACUAUCUGAAUAAAGCCAAGUGGCUUGAAAUGUAUGGGGUGGACAUGCAUAUGGUCAAGGCAAGAGAUGGUAAUGAGUACAGUCUGGGUCUGACACCCACUGGAGUUCUGGUGUUUGAAGGACAAACUAAGAUUGGACUUUUCUUCUGGCCCAAGAUCACUCGUCUGGAUUUCAAGAAGAGCAAACUGACGCUUGUGGUGGUGGAGGAUGAUGAACAGGGUAAAGAGCAGGAGCACACCUUUGUCUUUAGGAUGGACCACCCCAAGGCCUGUAAGCAUCUCUGGAAGUGUGCUGUGGAACACCAUGCUUUCUUUAGGCUGAGAGGACCUGUACAGAAGAACUCUGCACGCUCUGGAUUUAUACGCAUGGGAUCACGCUUUAGAUACAGCGGGAAGACUGAAUACCAGACGACGAAGGCCAGCAAAGCAAGGCGGUCAGCAUCUUUUGAGAGGAGACCUAGCCGACGCUAUUCAAGGAGAACCAUGCACAACAGAGGUCAGCACAACAGAGGACCAUUUCACCCACAAGAGGUUUUUUCCUCAGGCAACGGAGUCAGUUCCAGCAAAGACGACAAGGUUACCCCCAGUAGAAGUGCAUGGUCAGGCGUGCCUUUGGUCAGCCCGGUUGCUGCUUCUGCCUGUGGACCAAUAGAAAUCGAGGCUCUGCCCAGGAGUCCUGGGGGCGAAAAAAGGAGUUUGCCAGUGGUUGCUGACCUAAUGGAGACAUGCGUCGAUGAUGUCCUCAGAGCUCCUGUUGUCCCUGCAGUCACAGCUAUAGAGGAGCCCGGCCAAUCCAAUGCCUAUGCCAGUGCUAGUGUCACUACAGAAGAUCCACUCAGUCUCACUGAAGCAGCAGCUCGUCUGAAGCAGCUGGAGUUGGAGAGCAGUCCGCUUCUUGCUGCUCCAAGAAAUAACAUCAAUGUCAAUAUGGCCAUGAACAACCAGGACGAUAUGGUGAAGCUCACAGAGAAGUGCGGUCUGAACAGUGCAGGCAGUAGUCCAAUUGUCACUCCACUGCGCACCCCAGAGGAUCUGAAGAGUAACAUCCUGAAAGCUCAAGCUGAGGCAGCUGCCCUUAAGGGCUCUUUGGAGGAACACGUCAUAAUGGUUGGAGAUAAAAACUGUAACGUACAUGAGGCUUCUGCAAGGUUGAAGGUGCGUACUGGGCGACUGGGCAGUAACUCAUCUCUUUCUGUUAGCAGCCGCCCUGACGUCCAAGACUCCUGGGACUUGCUGAAGCCAGCCUCCUCCCUGGUCUCAUCUGCAGGAGCCAGUGCUGAGAGGUUAGCUGAAGAUUUAAAAUCAUGUGUUCCCAAGAUGUCCUCUGAGUCUACGAGUGAAGGCCCGGCACUAAAGGUUAAAGCAGAGGAGGCUGACCUGCAAAGUGCUGCCCCGCUUUCUGACAACCUUAUUGACUUCACUGAUCCAUCUCCUGUGCUCCCACCAGCGCAGCCGACCAAACCUGUCAUCACACCUCGCUGGAUCAUUCCUACAACUGCUCCUCCUGGCGUCUUUACUAACGGCCUGCUCGACAUUGACCCCCCAUCUAAGGUCACCCCUCUUCUCCCUUCAGAUGGGGGAGCAGCUCUCACCUCAGCCCUCCCCCACCUCACUCACACACGUAAUGCCAUCUCCAGCAGCACUGUGGGUCAGUUGCCAGCCUCAGAGGAUGGAGCCAAACCCAGAGGUCUCUUGACCACUGAGCUCUGAUGAAGGAACGAGCAGCCACCAUCGUACUCUUCAUCUUCCUGAUUGCUUUCCCACUUCACCCCCCUCACCCACCUACACACAGGCAAGCUGGGUCAGAUGUGCGGGACACUGUGGGGAAGAUAAGAGGAAAAUGCAAAAGCAGAGGCAGCUUGUAACAACCACGACCACAAUCAUAGUUGCACACAUCAAGAAUAUGAAGUUUUUUUUUUUAAAUAAUCACAUAGCAUUGAGCUUAGUCUUUGUAAAAUGGUUUAUACAAACAUUUUAGCUCCAGUAUGAAGAAAACCUUGUUUUUAAUUUCCUGUUUGUGCACCACUGUUAGUAGCCUGCCAUUACCGAAUCCAUCCAGUCACCCAAACCAGUCUUACCAGCACCACCUCCCAGUGGAUGAGAAAUAAUGGCAGAGGACGCUACGUGGCUCCUCUUAAUCACUGACUUCAUGAAGCAUCACCCACUUGCUUAUGGCUUAAAGUGAGACUUGGACACAGGUCUAACCCUCUUCACGAGUUUUAGCACUGGCAGUGAGAACCACUGGAUUUCUGCUACUCUGAGCUUUCCUCUGUACUCAUGUGAAGCUGCUGAAGAACACUGGACGAUGGACUGAGGAAACAUAAGCUUAACCCAGCUUUUUCACAUGAUGAAAUAUCAUGCAGUGCUGUUCUUGUAGCGCACUACAAAGCUUUUUAAACCAGUUAACACCACAUGAUGUGGCCACUGGAUAUGGAAUGUCACUGGAUUACCUUCAAACACUGGAAUUUUAAACUGCCCCCACUUUUUAGAUGAUGAUGAUGAUGAUGAUGAUGAUGAGUUUACCAUUUUAGCUUUUCAGCUGAUUUUAUUUUUUUUCAUAUUACCAUGUUCUUACUCUCUUUUAGCUUUUGAUGUUUUUAAAUAGCCUCUUCACACAAUUUGGAACCAGCAUCAUGAGGAAUCACAGCUUAUAAUUUAAAUUUUAUUUAAAUUUUUAUUGUCAUCUUCUCCUUUCUGCUUAGUCAUCAUUAAAUUUACCUUUUAGCUCCUGUUGCUCUUGAUAAACUGUGAUCAGUGGAUUACAUGGUGGGCAAUAUGUCCGGAUAUAAAUGGAUUUGACUGCUCUUAAAAUGUCGUAGCUAUUAUUUUGCCUUAUAUAAAUGAAUGUAUUCAACAUGUCUGGUCUGAAAGUGCCGGAGAUGCCAGAGUACCUGUACAUCACAUUUACAGCUGGUCGCAGUUGCUGGAAUAGUUUUAGAACUGGAGGAAAACCUGUGAAAUACUUUAAAAGGACAUUUUGUAUGCGAGGCCUACUUCCUACCCCGUGUGAGUUAUCAAGUAUGUUGCUUUGACUCUUGAAUGGUAGAGUUGUAGUUCUCGUGCAUUUUAAAAUCCCAUUGUUGUUUUAAUCAGUAAGCCUGGACACUCAUUCAAGUUAUGGCUGUGUAGUACUUUUCAUUUUGUCUUCAACAAGGGAAGCUGACUGUUUUUAUUAUGUCUUCUUAGCAGUAUUUAUGCCACUACUCAGCGUAAUUGUUCAAAUAUUACACGUCAUGUUGUAGCAUACAGAUCUAACGUUGUGUCAGUGUAAUGGCUUCAGCUGGCUGUUGAUAUGAAGUAGACAUAUAUAUAUUUUUAAGACUACCUUGGCAGUAUAGUUGCGACACUCUGAGGAAACAUCAACCUUGAGGUGUUUUCUAAAUACAGAAGAAGUAGGGGAAGUAUUACUGAUCAGACUGACUGGAAAAAGUGCAGAGAUUGUGAUGUCUCAAAUGCAAUUUUAUAUAAACGUUUAUUUUUUCUGGAAUACCUGAUCAUGAUUCAGUAAAGUUUUGCC